UGAUUGGGCGGCUUGUGGCCGGCUGGCGAUUGGGAAGCCGGCGUGUGACUUUUCCGCGGAGACUCCGCCCCCUUAUCUCCCCGCUGCCGGGGCGGGUUUAUAAGCCGGGAGGCCAGCCGGCCGGCGGGUGGGCUUGAGCGAGUUUAGGCUGCUGAGCCCUAGCUGUUUCAAUGGUGCAGCUUUCACAGUCCCCACUUUGCCACACUUCGCCUUCAUGCCCCUCUGAGGAAGCAGAGGAGAAGAGCAUGAAACCCGCCAAGCAGCAGGUGACUCAGGGCCCUCAUGGGGACAAUCAGCCUCCCUUGAGCCCCCUGCAGGCAGCUUUGAGUUCUGCUGCAACGGCUUCCCAGGCAUAUGAGACUUACAUUGAUAAUGGACUUAUCUGCAUGAAACACAAGAUCAGGAACAUUGAGAAAAAGAAGCUCAAACUAGAAGACUACAGAGAUCGUCUGAAAAAGGGGGAACCCCUCAAUCAGGAUCAGUUGAUGCAGUUUGGGCCACAGCUUGUUAGAGGUCAAAUAACUGCCGGAUCUGUGGUCAAGGAAGCUGUUGAAAAAUAUGAUGAAGUGAUCCAUAACUUGGAGUUUGCUAAAGACCUUCAGAAGACAUUUUCUGGGCUUAGUCAAGAUCUUCUGAAAGCACAGAGGAAAGCACAGAGAAGGGAGAGUAUAAUGAAGCUUGAAGCAGAGAAGAAGAAACUCCGCACAGUACUGCAGGUCCAGUAUGUGUUGCAGAGUUUCACUCAAGAGCACGUGCAGAAAGACUUCAAAUGUGGCUUGAAUGGCGCAAUAUUUUUGUCUUCUAAAGAACUAGACUACCUCAUUAAUUUUGCAAAAUUGACCUGCUCAGGAAGAAAUGAAGGCGUGAGUGUUGAAGACCAAAUGGAGCAAUCAUCACGCUACUUCUGGGAUCUGCUAGAAGGCAGUGAAAAAACAGUAGCUGGGACAACUUAUAAAUACCUGAAGGAUUUGUUAUCUAAACUGUUAAAUUCUGGCUAUUUUGAAAAAACUCCUGCUCCUUCCAAUAUACCAGUAAAAGAGGAAUCAAAAGAACUGUCUACAAGACCUGAGUUGUGUGAAGAAAUGCAAAGACCUGAAAGAACAAGACAACCCUCAAAUUCAGAGCAUGUCAGUGAAUCAGCACCUCAAAUGGAGCACAUUCAGUCUGAGAUACAGCCUCAAGAGUUUCUUAAUAGGCACUAUUUGCCUGAAGCUGACUCCCCUAUCAAGAGGCCUGAGGAAUCCAAACCUUGGGAAGUGGAACAUGUUAAGACAAAUGAACCUCCAAAGUCUUGGGAAAUGCUUGUUGACAUGGAAGAGCAGGAGCAGAAGCAGAAACAAGAUUAUGUUAAAACUCUGGAAUCUGUAAGGCAGCAGGGAAAGAAACUGGAACUUUCAAAGCCUUGGGAAGCUCAUCUUAAGGAAGGUGAUGAUGAUCACAAGGAGGAAGUUCUGAAGCCAUGGGUAACUCAGGUUAGAGAACAGCAGGCCUCCCCUAAACACUGGAUGAGCAAAGCGAAGGAAGAGCAGGAACAAAAGCCACAAUGUCCAAAAACAUGGGUUGCUCAAAUAAGGGUGGAAAAACCGGAACCUGUGAAGCUUUGGAGUGCAUGUGUUGGAGAGGAGGAGGAGGAGCAAAAGAAACACGAACCUGCAAAGCAAUGGGUAGCACACAUCAAGGAAGAGAGGGAACAAAAAUCCCAACCCCCAAAGGCUUGGGAAACAUCUGAGGGACCACGGCAAGCACUUCAGAAGCCAUUACAGAACCCUCCAAAGAUAUGGGGAGCUGGAAAUCUUACCUCAAAGGAACAAUCUGGGCCAAAGAAGCCUGAUUUGGGACCCAGUGAAGAUGAAAAGACAGAUGGAGUGAAUGAAGGAGGCAUUGAUGCUACGUCUGUUGGAGAACCUUGUAAACUACCUAGGAGCUUUGAAAACAGCCUUCAGGCACCUAAACCUGUUCAUCAACCAGUUGCAGAGUUUUGCUCUACUAGUCUUCCAAAGGAUCCAAUAUUAAGAAGGGAAAGACUACAAGACCUGAUGACUCAAAUACAAGGGACCUAUAAUUUCAUGCAAGAGUCUUUACUGGAUUUUGAUAAACCUUCACAACGUGCCAUUUGUUCAUCACAAGCACCUUCAGUUGAUUCCACAGCACCUAAUGAACAACUUUCAAGCCAAAAUGAUUUCCCUGAGGAACCGGUUCAGGUUGCUGCUUCUCCCAUAGCCUUGCACGGCUCAAUCACCUCCUUAACUUCUGACAAUACACUGUCUGGAUCAGAAACUGAACUUGCGACACCACAGACAUCUGUUACAAAUUCUCAAGAGUCUGAGAACUUCAGUCCACCUCAGUCCUUUUAUCGGAUAAGCAAAGAGAUUGCUGAAGUAUUAAAGCCUAAAAAAUCUGAAAUUUCUCAGGUUCCUAUUCCUCUUUCAAGUGAAUCAGAGACAUCAUUGACUCCAUCAAGAACUACCAUGUCACCAGUACCCCAAGGGAAGGGUUUCCAGUCUCCUUCCCCAAGUAGUAGUGUUAGCAUGAAAGCACCUCCCUUUCAGGCUGUGCAGAUUGUGUUCAAAGUGAACGCGCCUUUACCACCUCGCAGGGAGCGGGAUAUAAAAGAGAACUCUUUGCAUCCUACAGGAUAUAAUCAGAAUUUUUGUACAGCAAGUACACAGACUCCACCCCAGGGUAAACCACAGUCUACUCAAAAUGUUGAACAAACUGCUUUUUCUCAAGAUGCUUUGCCAAAUGCACAGACGCCCACUUUCUCUAGACCACCUCAACCUUUUGUCACAAGCCGUGGAUCGGUCAGAGGCACCGUUCGAGGUGGAAGGUCAGCAACCAAUUCAUAUCGCUCUCCUGGUGGCUAUAAAGCAGGUUUUGAAGUUUACAGAGGAUCACCUUCUGUUCCUAAUGGCCUUUAUAGCCAAAUGCAUCUUCCUGGCAGAGAUUAUCCUUCAGUGCAGUAUUCUCACAGGGAUUUGAAUUACCAGCAGAACUAUAAGCGAGGUGGUAUUAGUAGUGGCCGGGCAACCUCAAGAGGUUACAGACAAGAAAACAGACAGGAAGAGAAUUGCUCAUCAGGUAGAGCUCGAGGUAGAACUCGUGUUAGAGAAUACUUCAGAAGAAGGGAAUUGAGGAAAACUGAGAGAAAUGGGAAGGAAGCAGAGUCUGAAAGCAGUCUUGUGGCCACGAGGAUGCAUCAGUUCAGAUGGAGCGAUUCUUCUCAGGUGAGCAGCCCAGAACGUGACAGUGAGACUUUUGACAGUGGGGACUCUGGGCAGGGUGACUCACGCAGCAUUACUCCUGUUGAUAUGCCAGUGACGAGCCAAGCAACCACCUUUGUACCUGUGCACAUCUAUGCCUUCCCACAGCAAGUCAGAGCUGCCUUUUCGGCUAGUAGAACUUCUAACUUUACUCCUGGAACUCUAGACCAACCUAUUACAUUUGACUCCCUGUUACACAAUCUUGGUGAAGCCUUUAAUAUCCAUCUUGGUAGGUUUAGUUGUCCUGUGAAUGGUACUUAUGUGUUCCUCUUCAGUAUGCUGAAGUUGGCUGUGAAUGUUCCGCUGUAUGUGAACCUGAUGAAAAAUGAAGAGAUUCUAGUAUCUGCAUAUGCCAAUGAUGGUGCUCCAGAUCAUGAGACUGCUAGUAAUCAUGCAGUCCUCCAGCUGUUUCAGGGAGACCAGAUUUGGUUACGCCUCCAUAGAGGAGCUAUUUAUGGAAGUAGUUGGAAGUACUCUACAUUCUCAGGAUUUGUGCUGUAUCAAGACUGAAUACUAAUGUUAACAAUAGAUCUGCUCUAAACAAUUUGGUGAAGGAAGGUGAAAACUGGGAAGACUCGUUUUGCACUGCACAUUAACUGCUUAAAACACACCCACAUAAUUCUGAAAUGGGAUAUGGUGAACUGUCUUGCUGUGAGAUGGAGUUGGGUCAGCACAAAUGUGGCACUUUAUCAGUUUUGAUGUAGUCUUGAUAGUAAAGCUGUGAAUGUAUGUUUGCUUUUCUCCCUGAACUGUAACUAUCGGCUUACUACACUGCUCAAAAUUUGCCUCAAGUCUAGGCUAUUCACAAUGCCUUGUGCCUCAAUAAAAAAAAUAUGCCUUAGUAUCAAUGUCUGUACUGCUGGGUGCACAUUCUAAGGGGGCGACAUUUCUAUGAUAGAGUAUAUGCGUUGCAUGCAAGAGAUCCCAGACUCAGUCCUCAUAACUCCCACCUAAAAGGAUGCGGCUGCUGCUUGUCAAAGUAGACUUCUAAAACUAGAUGACCAAUCAAGGGUCCAACUCGGUAUAAGGCAGCUUCAUAUGUUCUUACUUUCCCUUAUAAAAAUAUGCAAUCUAAGUCUUGGAGUAGACCCACUGAAAUGAAUGCCCUUGGCUGAAUUGGGUCCAUUAAUUUAAAAGGGUCAGCUCUAAGUAGAAAUUGGUUGGAUACAGCCCAAAGCAAGAAGUUGGAUGACUUUCAAAGUUACCUUUCCCCAUUACUUUAUAGAGUUUAUACAGGUGUAGUCAGCUUGUGCUGAUGUGAAUGUAACACAUGGGUAAGCUUCAAAGUUAGUGUCAUUCUUUCUUGCAGUGUGUGUGUGUGUGUGUGUGUGUGUGAGAGAGAGAGAGAGAGAGAGAGAGAGAGAGAGAGAGAACGAACUCCACAUCUACUGGGAAAUGUAAUAGUAAAUGUAAUCCCAAAAAUAUUUCAAGUGAUAUUUUACUAGUCCUAAUUGUUUUCUGGCAGUUCCAUGUCCUACUGAUAAUGCUGCCUCCUUGAUACCUACCGGUGCUGCUACUUGGAAAGAAGUCCUUCUAUAUCUGGGGCAACACUCUAAACCAGUUCUCAUUUUUUCUUGCUGCUAUUUAACUAAUUGAAAGUUCUUCAGGUCAAUGUCUACAUUGACUAGUUUUUGCACACAUGGAUGUAUGGGCCUCUGUAGUACGGGGUAAUUGUCUUUAGUCCUUUGCUGAAACACUUGUUAAAAUUAAGAGCUGCUGUUGGCACUUAGUUGCAUAUGACAUGUUAGCAAGAAUACUGUUUUCAACAGCAAGAGCUGGAUAUGCUAGUAUAGCUGCCCACGGUGCGCACAUGGGGGUGUGUGUGUAGAAUCUGACUUGCAUCUUAAAGGAUAAAACCUUUACCUGCUACUUCUGCCGCCCAUGAAGCAGUCUUUAGAACUGCUCUGUUGUAUCAGUGUUCAGCUUCUCACUAACACAAAAACUAGCUCAUGCAUAGCCUUUUAAAUAGAUUUAAGUGACACUUAUGGUAGUGUCUUCCUUUGCUCACUUGAAACAAAGUCCUGCCCUUUUAAGACUUUUGGUGUAGGAUGUCCUACAUUCAUUUUUCUGGAGCUGAUUGUGUGGCUGUAUACUGGCAAUUGUCCCAGCCACUCGUUUCAUAGCAUAAAAGGCAAGGUUUUCAUCUAGAAGGCUUAAAUCUUGCAAGCUUUCCAAUGCUGAAUAUGUGAAUAUUGGUACAAAGAGCUAAGCUGAGCCUUAAAACACUCUUAAUGUUUUCUUCAAUCACCAAAGUUACUAUAGCUUUUAAUGCAUCCUAAAACUAAUUGUUCCCUAUCAGCUGUUUCAGGUGAUGAACUCUUUAACUUCUCUUGAGUUCAAACUAUCUGAAGUAAGCGUCACACACAUGUGGUUAGGCUUCUUGCUCUAAUAUUGGGCAAGAGAGAGGAAGUGUUCAAACUAUUCAAAUAGUAUUUGUUGUUUAGACUAUUUUUCAACCACAUUUCUUGAAGCAGUAUGCAAAUUAGGCAGAUUACAUUGCUAAUACCUUAGGGUACAUUUUAGAUCAGGGCAGCUCAACUUUCCAUACUAAGUGGGCCACAAGAGUACUUCAACAUGGAGCCCACAGGCCACACACUGCGUUGUGUGUGUGCACGAGGAAGCAAGGCCAAAAUUUGGGACACACAUCACAGCUACUUGGCUUUGGGAAGGAGGUGCAAGGCUCUGGCAGGGUUCUAGAGCCCUCCACCUCCUUCCUAAAGCUGGGAAAGCACUAAUUAAGCUUUGAGAAGGGUAUGCGAGGGCUGCAGGUGAGGGUAGCAUCAAAUGUUGCUGAGGACUCUCAGAAAAGGCCUUGGUAGCAGCAUGUAGCCCUUAAGCCGCACAUUGGACUAGACUGUUAGGAACUCCCCCCCCCAAA